UAAACCCAGGUUUAUUCUUUUAAUUUCUUUCUAAUUUCUUUCUAAUUUCUAGAGAGAGAACCAAAUCAAAGGAACCCUUCAAUUCCCAAUUCCAUUGAAGAGAAGAAAGAAGAGAUUAAGGUUUUGUUCCUAUUUUCUCUUCUCUUCCAUUUCCCAUAUUCUCGAUAUUUCUCCUACCAGGAAAUCCCGGAACUUUUCCGGGAUUAAACAAAUACGAAUACCAAACAAAAAAAAAAAACUCAGAAGUUUCUCUGUUACAACCUUCCAAUUUUGAGCAACCCCUCAUUGCAGGGCUUGGGUUUUAUCAAUCCCCUUCUUCUGUUUUUGAUCCGAUCCUUUCUUUUCACAAAACGAAUAUCUUCACACCACUACUCACUUUCAUUUCGCUUCCGAACGGAUGCAAGUUUGAGUGUUUGCGACUUUGUUGCUAACCAUUUUAUUUUUCUGGGAAUCGGAUUCUUGUGGUGCUGGAUUAGUGUUGGGGAGGGGUUUUCUUUUCUGGGUGUUGUUCAUUUUGGGGGAUUUCGUCAAUUCCCACCUCCAAUCUUUUUUUGUUUUUCUUCGUAUUUAGGUUUUUGUCCUUUGGAACUCUCACGGUGAUGGAAUUCCCACUUCGAUUCUGAGUGGUUGUUUGAAUUCCGUCCGUGUUCGAUCGAGUUUGGUUUCUUCAGAUUCCGAUCAUGUCCGCCAAGUCUGGGUCCUUGGACUACUGGAGGGAUUACUUCCGGAAUGCGAAUUCGGAUAUUUUUAGCUUAAUCGAUUACGCAAUCUUGGUGGCGGCUUCCGAUUGUCCCAAGGAGUUCAGAUUGAGGAGAGAUCGAAUUGCAGAGCAGUUGUUUUCAUGCCGAUUGACUCGCUGUUUGGGUUGCGACCGAGUGGAGCUGGCGGUGGCUGGCGAUGUGGACGGCGAAACGGGUUUCAAGAGCGAUUCUGCCGGAGAUGGGCGUGCGUUUGAGGGCGGUGGGAGCAAAGAGAGCAAGGUUUACAGCAGUAGAGAUGAUGGAGGGGAGAUGAAUUUCAAUCAGGUUAGCAAUUAUAGCUUUGGUGAAGCUGAAGCAUUGACUGAUGAAAUUGAACAAGAAUCUGAGAUUGUCGGGGAGGUUUUGAGGAUCAAAGAGAUUCUCAAUAAUUUUGAAGAAGAGUCUGAUUCAGUGUUGUUUGAAUCCCUUAGAAGACUUGAAUUGAUGGCUCUAUCAGUUGAUGCCCUGCAGGCAACUGAGAUUGGCAAGGCUGUUAAUGGUCUUCGAAAGCAUGGAUCGAAGCGCAUUCGCCAUCUUGUUCGAUUCCUUAUCACAGAGUGGAAAGAAAUGGUGGACAUGUGGGUAAAAGCUACAGCUGCUGUUCAUGGUUCAGAAGUCACACCGGAUUCGAAAAGUAUGCCUGUAUCUGAACAAGAAGAAGAUGAUUAUGAAGAUGGGCUUCCCUCUCCUCCUUUAGAUGAAGCUGCAUUUUUUACCACUCAGCCCACAUCAAUGGAGCUCUCACAAUUCUUUGAUGGCAUGGACGAUGAUGGAAAUCCUCGAAACAGUGGGGAGUUCGUCAAGAAGCGCGAUAAUGGAAGAAAAACAUCGAGUGGCAGUCAAAACCCUAUGAGGUGUAAACAACAAACCACUCGAGAGGUUAAUGUGGUUGCUAAGGACAAUAAGAGUCAAAUGAAAGAACAAGUUGUGAAGCCAAACAAGCCACCGUCAAAUGCAAAUUCUGGGUUUUCGAGGCUGCAGAAGCCAAGCACCGUGCAGAAGGACAAUCACGAGAAGUUGCAGCGUAAAGUGGAGAAGCCUACGAUCCCAAAGAGGAGCCUACAAGAUAAGUUCAAGUGUUCGGAUGAGGUUGCAGUUCAAGUGAAACUAGAAGCCACUAAGAGGAAACUGCAAGAGAGUUACCAACAAGCUGAAAACGCCAAAAAGCAGCGGACGAUACAGGUUAUGGAACUACACGAUAUUCCGAAGCAGGGAAUGGGCCACAGAAAUGUGCACCUAAAAUCUGGAGGCCACAAUCGGCAUUGGACAAACGGGCGGCGUUAGGAUGAAACGAUAGUGAGGAACAAGACUGAUACUUCCAGGAUACUUUCCUGGUGACUUUCCACCCAGAAUCAGGUGGAAGAUCAUAUACUAAAAGCUCCCUGGCAAACGGUGUCUUGACCUACUCUACCUGCUUCAAGGUAAACAACAAGAAACUUGGUGUCACUGUGUUGUGCCAGAGAAGGCGAUUCCGAUUCAAAGGAGAAUCGGAGAUGGAAAAAAAAAGAAAAAAAAAAAAAGAAAAAAAAAAGAAAAAAAGAAAGAACGAUUUCAUAGUUGAAGUGCAUUUUGAAGUACAGAGAAUUUCUUCUUAUGGAAUUUGGGAGGCAAAAUUAUAUAGCUUUUAUGGGUGGUUGCUCAGGGAGUGUUGACAUGGUUAUAUCUCUCUUCUUACAUCAUAAUGACUGUAUAGAACCCCCUCAUUUAUUUUGGUUUCAAAUUUUGCAAGCUAUUCUCUCU